AUGGGUAUUUCUGGUUUAUUACCCCAGCUGAAGAGCAUCCAAGAACCAAUUACUUUACAGAGGUAUAGUUCACAGUCAUUGGCCAUUGAUGGUUAUGCAUGGUUACAUCGCUCUGCCCACUCAUGUGCAAUGGAGCUUUGUAUGGGACUACCGACUGAAAAGUACAUUCAGUUUUUUGUUAAGAAGUUAAAUAUGCUGCGAAAUAAGUACAACAUUAACCCUUAUCUUGUAUUCGAUGGUGAUAGUUUACAAGUGAAAUCCGGUACAGAGUCUAAACGUCGUGAGAAGCGGGAACAAAAUAGAAUUGAAGCGCUGAACUUUUGGGCUAAAGGGGAUAAGAAAAAGGGAAUUGAGUUUUUUCAGAAGAGUAUUGAUAUUACUCCUGAGAUGACAAAGGCAGUAAUUGAUUAUUGUGAAAAACAGGGUUUUAACUACAUCGUGGCACCCUAUGAAGCAGAUUCGCAAUUGGUGUACUUGGAGAAAACAGGCCUCGUUCAGGGAAUUAUCAGUGAGGACUCUGACUUGUUGGUAUUUGGUUGCCGGCGGUUGCUGACGAAACUCAAUGACUAUGGUGAAUGCAUCGAGAUUUCGAGAGAUGACUUCCACCAUCUAGAUAAGAAGUUUCCAUUAGGAUUGCUCAGUGAUAGCCAAAUUCGGUCAAUGGUGUGUUUAUCCGGCUGUGAUUACACUGCUGGAAUUCCACAAGUUGGGUUGGUGACGGCAAUGAAAUUGGUACGGACACAUAAAGAGAUGGACAAGAUAUUGCUCAAGAUUAAUAGAGAUGGCAAAUGGAAUGUUCCUCGCAAUUUCCUGAAGGAGUUUAAGUUUGCUGAUUUUGCUUUCCAGUACCAGCGCGUGUAUUGUCCUAUUAGACGGAAAUUAGUUACUCUAAACGAGAUUCCUGAACAACUACAUGGGAACCCAGAACUAUACGAGUGCAUCGGAAAGGCUAUUCAUAAGGAUACAGGGGAGAAAUGUGUGAUAACUGAUGAUAACAUGAUAAACCAUGAAAUUCAUUCGAGAAUUGCGAAUGGGGAAUUGAACCCUUUUGAUCAUCGCGUUUCGUUGGUCAGUAGAGAACUGAGCUUGAAAUUGGCGUCGAAGCCGAACUUCGCCAUUUCACCAAAUCCAACUUCUGCAGUAAAGCCAAUUAGCUCGUACUAUCGCAAAGCUGCUGUUGUACCAACUGUAACUGCUGUUGUACCAACUGUAACUGCUGUAAUAAACCAUAUGCCUAAGUUAGUUGCUGCCAACGUGCAUGAAAAGGAAAGCAGACUGGACCGUAUUAUUAAAAAACGUAAACUGGCUGCGGAUGUGGGCAUUGUAACCGCUAAGCAAAACACUAGUGAGAUGAGUUCUUUUUUUGCUAGUAAAUCAAAUAGCACACCUGCGUCCCCCCCGGUAGGCAAUGAAAACAACACAGCCGAAGAGGACGUUUCUGAGGUGCUUGAAGAGUUACCGGAGGUUGAAGAAGAUCCUCUUCGUACCCCGUUUUUUUCAGCUACUAUUUCGACAAAAAAUCGAACUUUACCUCUUGGAAACACCGCGGACAGUCAGCUCAUCAUCUCGCCACUACCGGAGCAAACCCCAUUAUCCCCUCAAAGAAGCAAUGUACUACGCGAAGCCAAAGUUUCCCCCCAGCCUCAUAUACUGAAAGAGAACACAACUACCGAUUGUCGGCCGAGCCUCAUAGGCAGAACUAUCCUCCAGUCGUUUAUGUAUAGGUCCGGCCCUGAACUUACUACGCGCCCUCGCAUACCGCUGGGCAAAUGUGAUACGAAUUCCAAGAUCCCGCUCCCGCGCAAGAAGAAUCUUACAAAGCUUAACAAAAGAAUGAUUGGAAUUACGUCAGGUGAGAAUUCCAACUUGAAAAAGCAAAGUGACUCUCAUCGGCAGGAUACAAUCAUUCAGCCGACAGCAAAGCAUAUCUCGUUAGCCUCUGCCAGAAACGUAAGCAAUUCAUCUCAAAAUCGCGCUGUUAGUUGCCAUGCAGUUACAGGGGGUACACGACAGGUAUCUCUAAGUGACUUUCUCUACAAAGGUUAG